AUGCUAGAGUCUACCUCCUCGUCCCUCUUCUCCUUCCGGACCGCUGAUGGCGCCCUAUCCGUGCCCGUCGCGGCCAGCUGGGUUGCUCUGAUCUGGUACACAGUCGUGCAACUAGUAUGCGCCUUGGGAUAUUUCCAGAUAUGGAAAUAUUUCUCGCGACAGCCACACCUGUCCCGUCUAGCAAACGCCGCCGACGCACCACACGUCACCGCCAUCCGACCAGUCAAGGGUCUGGAACCGCACCUCUAUGACUGCCUCGCUGCAACCUUCCGCCAGGAAUAUCCACGCGACAAGCUGACCAUCUAUCUCUGCGUGUCGACACGAGACGAUCCCGCCUACCCCACGCUGUGCAAGCUCAUCACCGACUUCCCAGAUAUUGACGCGCGUGUCUUCGUCGAAGAGGAGGAUCCGCUGUUGCAGCGGGAUGGAACGAAUACCUAUACUCUAGGCCCGAAUCCGAAGAUCCGGAAUAUGAGUCGGGCAUACCGCGAGGCAAAGGGCGACAUCAUCUGGAUCAUCGACUGUAAUGUGUGGGUUGGGAAAGGUGUCUGCGGCCGGAUGGUGGAUCGACUGUGCGGGACUGGAGCGACGCCAGACAAGAAGUACAAGUUCGUGCAUCACUUGCCUGUGGCUGUGGAUGUGACGGGAGAGAGCAAUUUGCUUGAAGAGCGGCAGGCGCUCUUGGAUGCCAAUCCUCAAUCCUCGGAUGCAGAUGCGGAUGUUGCGGCUGCAGCCAUGCCAUCUGUCCGUCCGGAGGAUGGGCUGGCGGCUAUGAUUGCUACUGGAGGUGGUCGGCUAGAAGAGCUGUUCCUGUCCUCUGCGCAUGCAAAGAUGUACACGGCUAUCAACACGGUCCUUAUUGCGCCUUGCAUUGUAGGUAAAUCUAACAUGUUCCGCCGGUCUCAUCUCGACUAUCUCACUGCUCCGUCGCCCUCAAAUCCUCAGGCACGCCUUGCCGGUAUUGACUUCUUCUCGGAAAACAUUUGCGAGGAUCACCUGAUUGGCGAUCUUCUCUGGAAGAAGAAGGUCCGGGAAGAGAUAGAGCUUGGUGAACGUUGGGGCAAGCAUGCCAUGGUUUUUGGCGAUUUGGCAGUUCAGCCUGUUGCCAACAUGAGCGUGCCGGCAUACGUUGCACGCCGAGUUCGCUGGCUACGGGUUCGCAAGUUCACCGUUCUCCUCGCUACACUUGUCGAGCCUGGCACCGAGUCAUUCCUAUGCUGUAUAUAUGGCGCUUGGGGCGUCACAGCUGCAUUGGCACCGCAUCUUGAGCAGAGAGGUGUGCAAUGGGCAUCUAGCCUGGGGACCUGGAUGGCAUUCUUUGCUUUCUUCGUCUUCGGCAUGAUUUCUUGGAUCAUGGUUGACUGGACGCUGUACAUCAAGCUGCACUCCGCAAAGACUAUUGAGAUGGACGAGGGUACUCCGGCCUUUACGCGGCCCCAACGGUACCGGUCGUCCCAGACCACACGCCGUCCCUUCAUGCAGUGGUUUGCUGCUUGGCUCGGUCGUGAAGUGCUAGCCCUUCCCAUUUGGGUCAUGGCUGUUUAUGGUGGUGUGACAGUCGUCUGGCGAGACCGGCGCUUCAAGGUCGGUUUUGAUGCAAGAGUCCACGAGAUCGAUCCUGCUGCGCCAAUGCCUUCUGCUAGUGCAGCAAACGCUGGCCCUGUCCCAGCCCAACAUCCCAGUAGCAAAGCGGGCAAAUUCCGAAGCGACUGA